GACAUAGGCACUAGAUGCCAGGGAGAACUUCCCCCAGGGAAUGGGGUUCCUGGCUCCCAAUGGGGGUGGCAACGCCACCCCUUAGACGAAGCCCGGUCUUCCACAGGGUUUCACCAGCUGGCCCCACUGGUAUUGCUGUUUCUGGGUGUGCUCAGCCAUCUCAGCCAGGACCAAGCUGAGCCAGAGGACAUCGGCAUUAGGGGUGACGAGGGGUCACGGAAACCAAAGUGGGCAGGAAACCAGGAUGCUUGCAGAAUCCUUGAUUCAGGUUGAGUACAACAAAAUCCUGUAACAGAAGACUUCCUCCUGGCUGAAGGAGCAUUGAGGGCACGGCUCCAACAGAAAUCUGAGUCAGAUUCCCUCAAUUGCUGAAGUGCCUUGCAAAACAGCCUGGAGGAACCCUCAUUGGUCCCAUGGGCUGUGUUCUUCCUCCCUGGCCCACCCAGAUGAUUACUGCUGCCCCUCAGCUCCCAAGAGGCAGCUCUGAUUCUUUAUCCCCAUAUAUCCCUCGUCAAUGGCUGACUGCAAAGUGAGAGGCCAAGUUUAGAUCCAAGUGCCUGCCUGAACACUCGGAGAGCCUAGUGCUACAGGGCUGGGUGUCUCCUUGUCCUCAACCAACAGCAGCACCGACACCAGGCUGGAGUCACACUUGCGCACAGAAGGCCCUGAUUUCUCCGCCAGGUCUGGCCUCAGAGAUACUGUCCUGAUUCUGCUAGGUCUCUAAUCUCCGGUCUUGAGGCCCCAGUCCCUUCUGGAUUCGAGGCCAUGUUGCCUCAAAACAAGGACGAGGUGCUGCUACAGAACACAGCACCCCCUGGGCGCCCCCCUCAGGGCUCCUCACAACUUGUGGACUUGUCUUCUGGCAACCUGCAGCCUCUGCCUCCCCAGCCAUUGCUCCCUCCCUCUCACCCACCUUGCUCCCCUCCCCCACGGUCCCACUCUCCUGGCUCCCAUUUCUACAACUCUGACUCAAGUUCUGACUUUGUCCUACAUCCCUACUCUUCCUCCCUCCCAAGUUCCCCCACUUUCUUUCAUCAGAAUUACCUCUCUCUCUCCCUCAUACGCUCUUCCUCUCCCACCCGCCAGCUAUACCCCUCCCUUCCUCCUACUUCUUCCUCCUCUCCCACUCAGCUACAGAACGACUCUCUCCCCCACUCUCACUGUCUGUCUCCUUCCAACCCAGGGUACCACCCCAGCUCCACUGUCACUUCCCCGGCCCCCAGCCUUCCUUCUCCUGGGGUCCACGUGAAGAGGCAGACAUGGCCCUGGCAUCAGUACAGGGACACCGGGUCCCCUGGGGUGGUGGGGGGAUGCGCGGCAAGCCAGAGGGACCCUGCAGAGUUCAUGGACCCAGGAGCCCUGGCCCAGGCCCUAGUGGUCCAUCUGGGGCACCGCCGCAUUGCACACGACCUGCGGCUACUGCUUUUGCAGCACCUGUGGCUAGGCACAACUGGCCAGGCCCCAGUUGUGGAAUAUCCUAUAUGCCUGGUGUGUCUCAAGCCCCGCAGCCCCACGUGCCCCAUUCCCAGGUACAAGACCGGACCCCGGCUGCUUGCCUUCCCCCAACUACUGCCCUGUGCGCAGGGCCAGGAAUCCGGACCACUCCGCCUAGGCAUUGGCUUCGGCCUCCGCCUGCCUCGGGGCCAGGCCAGGGCCUUGCACCUGUUGCCAAAAAGAAGGCCAGAGGAAGUAGGUCCACAGGGAAAGGCCGCUCAGGCCCAUGGGUAUCAAACCCGGGCGUCCCAGGCUCCAGCAGCUCACGUACCGGUGGCUCAGGCGCGGGCAGAUCCAGCCCGGGGCCCACCCUCCCCCACCAGGAGCCUCAGAUCUACACACUCUAUGCGCUUUUCAGGGCCUUUACCGCAGGCAUCAAAACAGGCCACUGUCUCCCUGAAGCCCAGGCCGUCCUCUGCCCGAAAGAGUCCUGCCUCUUCAGAGCCCAUUCUCCGAAAGUCGCCACUCUAGUUCCAGAGACAAGGAGGCUCCCUGGAGUACCUCCUCUGAACCCCACUGCCCCCACCAGGCUCCAGAACUCAGGGAGCCCCCGAGACUCCCUGAAGGGCUGGCUGGCCGGAGGUCAGGUGUGUUCUCCAGCCUUGAACCCUGGGAGCCCCUUAUGGAGUCUGCUCUCUCCUGGCUGAAGAGGACGAAGGGCACCUGAGACCCCAUUCAGCCUUCAGUGUAUCCAAUAAAGCCUGACCCUGCAGAA